CGGCCAAUGACAGCUGACAGAUCUUGUAUAGGAGCGAGUGUUGAGUGUAACGAAGUCGAACGGCACAAUGUUAUUAAAAUGCUUAAAAUUAAAGCCAUUAAUGAAUCCAACGAUGAUACAUUCGUGUAAUAUAUCAUCGACCUCGGCAAGUGUCACCAAAAUCCACAGAACUAAGUUUACUAGAACGUACCCAACAAUUUUAGUAAAACCGGACGGAUCAUCAAUUAAUAUUCGAUAUCAGGAGCCCCGUCAAAUCAUUCGACUUCCAUUGGACUUAAGCACAUUAACCGAAGCGGAACGUAAGGCUCGUAUGGAGAAAAGAAAGCCAAGACAGAAGAUUGUGGUACAAGAAGAACUUGAAGAUUCUUUCAAUUCCAACAGAUACUUAAAAUUCAUUAAGAAAUGAUGAACUGUGCCUAGCUUGAAAAUUAUAAUAAACAAAAUAGUUUCGAAUUGUAAA